AUGGAUUUCCAUCUGGCAUCUAGAAGUACAGACCGAAAUUACACAGGAUUCCUGACAAAAACGAUCGUCUAUACCGGCACUCUUGUCCUUUUUCUAGCUUCCUUUGCCCUGACUCUAUGUGCGAUUAUUAUACCAAAAUGGGUCAGCUACCAUAGCGAAAAGCCCUCCUACCAUUACUCCUACGGCCUCCACCACCGUUGCUCCUCCCUUACCGACAAAUGUGAGAGUUUUCCUCAGCGCGAAGAUUGCCAUGGGGAAGACCGCUAUUUCUGUUCCAUGUGGCGAUCAGUUGGGUUUCUGAUGUCAUUCGCCGUUGUCUUACAAGGCAUGAGCAUCGUUUCAUACCUCAUUAUUCUCUCUGGUGGCAAGAGGCUUCGGGAAAAUGGGUGGCGCAUUCUUAGUAUCCUAAUUAUAUUGUCAGCUAUUAUCCUAGCUGCCAGCAUGUCGAUAGUGGCAUACCUCUUCGAUAAUGAAGAUCGCUUCUUCAUCGGUUGGCGCCUCGAUAAUUCCUGGGCUUUCUGUACUGUCAGCUGGUGCAUCAGCCUUGUCUGCGCUGGCGCUAUCAUUGUCGCCGCCCAGGUCUUGCCCUCUGAAGGUGGCUAUGAACUGAUUCCUGACGGAAUCCAUGAUGCGAUCACUGCAAAUUCUUGA